UUCUGGUCGUGGUUCCUGCAUGCAGCCGAGUGGAAACCCAACAUUAUUGUUUCCUCGUCACCUGCUGUUGUGGCAUUCUUUUCCCUACUUAAUCGCGCUCGUUCAAGACAUCCAUCUCUGUUCUGUCUUUAAACUGAGUCGCACGCUACAAGCAAACACUGGCCGCUUGCAGAUCUCCUGGACAAAGAGCUUCCAGCAGAGAUCCUGCACAAGAAGCGCACCAGCCCACCAACCUUCCUAGUUUGCGCGAGCGCAUCCCUCAAUUGCGCACCUCCUACGACCUUCUUUUCGACCUAUUUAUUCAUCCUUUCGCUCGCUAUAUCAUCAAACCUCGAUUGGCCAACCUGCGUACUCCUACACUCUAAACUGCAAAACACAAAACAAUCCCGACACUCUUCCGACCAUGGCUCCUCCGACAGGACCAGCGCGAACCACCCGCAGCUCCACGAGAGGCGGUGCUGGUGCCCGUCGUGGUGGUGGCCCUGGCAGAGUCGACCGCGAUGGCGACCUCGUCAUGGAUGCGUCGAUGAAAACGACCAAGUCAGGCGGAGGCGUUGGAAAGAGGUCCGCAAACAACGACAAGAACGCUUCGUCAGGAAAACGCGGACGUCCCGGCCUGCGCAGCGGACCCCCAGGCCGGUCCGCUAUAGUGGCCGCGCAGGACAAGAUCCUGCGACACAUCAACUCGAAUGGUUCAGAAGUUGGCACACGCCCCAGGCGAUCACACAACACAACAAUCCUGAGGGUCGAAGGCCUCAAGCAGAGCAAGGCCUCCAGCAACCAAGACCAAGGCCUGCGGAACAUUCUUGAUUUUCUGGAGCGCAAGGCUCAAAAUAUGUGUAAAAGGACAGUAACUGUCAAAAAGUCUCAUCUUGAUAAGAACCUCGUUCUCCAUGUCCUCGCUAGUAAGGAGGACGCGGAUGAGAUAGUAAAACUCAACGGCUGGAUGUUUGCCGGCACCACUCUUGCUAUCACCGAGAGCGAUCAGGGUUGGCCCGGUGACUCCAAGACGCAUAGUGCAUCGCAACCAUCAGCGGAAACUUCAGAAUUAAAGGAGAAGUUCAAGGCCAUUCUGAGCAGACGUUAUGAUAUCGAACGGAAGCUGCUGGAUCUGUCAGGACUGGGCCAAGACCCUGUUCUCUCAGAGAUGGCAGCCUUCGCCGACAAGGAACGUGCCGAAAAAACAUUCAUGGCUUUGAUGACCAUAUGCGACGAAGUUUUCUCGGGUGUUGAACAGAAGCGCGAGGCGAUACACAGUGUUUCCCUCGCCAACAACUCGAUCGACCACGUCAGCAGGGUAUUUACCCUCGCCACUACCUUUCCGGACCUGAAGCACUUGGACUGUAGUGGAAACCUGUUCAAAGACAGCAGGUCUCUGUCCAGGUGGAGACACUACUUCAAAGGCCUCGAAACCCUGCUGCUCACAGGCAACCCCAUCGAGACGAACGAGCCCAACUACAAGGAGGACAUAAUGAAGUGGUUCCCCAAGCUUCAGGUCCUCAGCGGCACGACGGUACGAACCGCGGAGCAGAUUGCAGCCGAGGAGGCCGCCAAAGCUGCCAUGCAACCUACACCCAUUCCUCAAGGCGGAGCCGACUUUCGUGAUGCCGGCAACAUUGGAGAACAAUUUCUUCUCCAGUUCCUCCCCAUGUUUGACACAGACAGAGCAGGCCUUGCUGCCAUGUUCUACGACGAAAAAACCAGCUUCUCGCUAUCGGUAGUCAACCAGGCCCCGCGAGACGUCGACACUCCGGUCCCAGCAUGGCAACCAUACCUAAAAUACUCACGCAACCUUGUUAAAAUUACCCACCCCGGACCGCGCAUCCAGCGUCUUCUCAAGGGACGCCAGCUGAUCCAGGAGCUGUGGAAGAACUUACCGGCCACCAAACACCCGGAUCUUGUCAGCAACACUAGCAAAUACCUCGUCGACUGUCACCCACUUCCCGCGCUUGCUGACCCUACCAGUCAAAGCGCCCAGGGAGUCGAUGGCCUCAUCAUCAACAUACAUGGUGAAUUUGAGGAGAAGGAUCCCAAUAGCGACAACAUUGGUCAACGAAGCUUCUCCAGAACAUUUGUCCUUGGUCCCGGCGCACCUGGAGGCCCGCAGGUUCGCGUUGUCAGCGACAUGCUCUCUUUGCGGGCGUACAACCCCAUUCCGCCACCUCAGGGCACACCAACAAGCAAUGUUGUCCCCGAGAACCCUGAACUACAAAAGCAACAGCUCGUGGCUGAGCUUUCUAGGCUCACAAACAUGACAACCGAAUAUUCAGAAAUGUGCCUGACCCAGGUCAAUUGGGACCUGGAAGCUGCAAUGGUAAAGUUUCGGGAAACAACGCUCGGACCCGAAGCCUUCAUCAACGGCGUGCCAGCUGUCCAGGCUUGAAGUCGUACCCAUUCAAAGAAGGAUCAUGAGGUGAAUCAGUCACCCGUCUCAUGAUUGUUGUGAUGGAAUUUCGAGAGCAGGGAUAGAUGUGAUACGGUGAUUUUUUUUUCUUUCUUUUGUUCUGUUUUAUUAUCCAAGGACAAUAAGGAACGGGAGUAUACCCACGAGCGAACUUUGUAUGGCUGGACUUCCAUGGGAAACGGCGGUUGAAGCCCCUAGCGUCUGGGACCUAAGCGACGAUUAGUGGUGGACAUGGAUUAUUUUCUUCUUCUUUUUCUUGUUGCAUUGUACGGGAUUUUUGAUUUGUUAUAGCAUUGUCAGGGGGGCAUGGCGUUGUCGGCGCUUGCACUAAGGCGGCAAAAAGGAGAGGGACCUUUUUCCAUCCAAAAUCAAAUAGCAAGAACGCGUGGGUCCUCCACUGUCUCUGGCUUAAACUGGUUGGGCUUUGCGUUUCUUUUCUUCUCCAAUUAUGGCUGAAAGAAUGGUCGGAUGCGAAUUAAUAAACAAGCGUUCGUACCUUCUACCCAAUCUCCAUAUUGACGAGGACCUCAAGGAUGGCCUACCGUAACCACACCGUUGAUUUUUUUUUUUUAAUAGCAAUCAUCUUUGUGAC